UACAGGCCAUGGGAAGACAUUACCUGUUGAUAACACAGACUAUUUUCAUGAUCAUGGGAGGUGUGAGAGAAUUGCUGCUCGUUGUGAUGACUGUGGGGGUUGUCAAAGUUUCUUGUUACCCUGUUGGAAAGUCCCAGAAGCAAGAUCAAGUCUCUCUGCAGAGGAGACUUGGAGAGCUGUCAUCAAAUGACGUCUCCAUUGUGCAUGCCCUGGCCUUGCUCCGAUCCAUAGGGUCUGACGCUAAACAAGCCAGAGAAGAGUAUUUAGAGACCAAUGAAGUAGAAUCCCAAGCUUCUCCAAACCAUGGUAGCUCUCCGGCAAAUGAUGCCCUGUCCUGAGGAGAAGCUGAGGCGGAGAAGCUGAGGCGCAUGUCCUCUGACGACGCCACCUCUGAAGCUGCCACCGGCCCCUCUGGCGACGACGCCACCUCUGAAGCUGCCACCGGCCCGUCUGGCGACGACGCCACCUCUGAAGCUGCCACCGGCCCGUCUGGCGACGACGCCACCUCUGAAGCUGCCACCGGCCCGUCUGGCGACGACGCCACCUCUGAAGCUGCCACCGGCCCGUCUGGCGACGACGCCACCUCUGAAGCUGCCACCGGCCCCUGCCACCACGACGCCACCUCUGAAGCUGCCACCGGCCCGUCUGGCGACGACGCCACCUCUGAAGCUGCCACCGGCCCGUCUGGCGACGACGCCACCUCUGAAGCUGCCACCGGCCCGUCUGGCGACGACGCCACCUCUGAAGCUGCCACCGGCCCGUCUGGCGACGACGCCACCUCUGAAGCUGCCACCGGCCCCCGUCUGGCGACGACGCCACCUCUGAAGCUGCCACCGGCCCGUCUGGCGCGACGCCACGCCACCUCUGAAGCUGCCACCGGCCCGUCUGGCGACGACGCCACCUCUGAAGCUGCCACCGGCCCGUCUGGCGACGACGCCACCUCUGAAGCUGCCACCGGCCCGUCUGGCGACGCCACCUCUGAAGCUGCCACCUCUGAAGCUGCCACCGGCCCGUCUGGCGACGACGCCACCUCUGAAGCUGCCACCGGCCCGUCUGGCGACGACGCCACCUCUGAAGCUGCCACCGGCCCGUCUGGCGACGACGCCACCUCUGAAGCUGCCACCGGCCCGUCCUCUGGCGACGACGCCACCUCUGAAGCUGCCAGCCCGUCUGGCGACGACGCCACCUCUGAAGCUGCCACCGGCCCGUCUGGCGACGACGCCACCUCUGAAGCUGCCAGCUGCCUGUCUGGCGACGCCACCUCUGAAGCUGCCACCGGCCCGUCUGGCGACGACGCCACCUCUGAAGCUGCCACCGGCCCGUCUGGCGACGACGCCACCUCUGAAGCUGCCACCGGCCCGUCUGGCGACGACGCCACCUCUGAAGCUGCCACCGGCCCGUCUGGCGACGACGCCACCUCUGAAGCUGCCACCGGCCCGUCUGGCGUCGACGCCACCUCUGAAGCUGCCACCGGCCCGUCUGGCGACGACGCCACCUCUGAAGCUGCCACCGGCCCGUCUGGCGACGACGCCACCUCUGAAGCUGCUGGACCGGCCGUCUCUGGCGACGCCACCUCUGAAGCUGCCACCGGCCCGUCUGGCGACGACGCCACCUCUGAAGCUGCCACCGGCCCGUCUGGCGACGACGCCACCUCUGAAGCUGCCACUGGCGACGACGCCACCUCCCGCCUGAAGUCUGGCGACGCCACCUCUGAAGCUGCCACCGGCCCGUCUGGCGACGACGCCACCUCUGAAGCUGCCACCGGCCCGUCUGGCGACGACGCCACCUCUGAAGCUGCCACCGGCCCGUCUGGCGACGACGCCACCUCUGAAGCUGCCACCGGCCCGUCUGGCGACGACGCCACCUCUGAAGCUGCCACAGGCCCGUCUGGCGACGACGCCACCUCUGAAGCUGCCACCGGCCCGUCUGGCGACGACGCCACCUCUGAAGCUGCCACCGGCCCGUCUGGCGACGACGCCAUGGAUAUCUGACGUGGGACAUGCAAUAGUUAACGGGUACUCUAGUCCAGUGUGUAACUGCAUUUGCUUGUUUUGACUCAAAUAAACAUUAACUGUAA